CGGUCGCAGUCAGGCCUAGAGUUUGUUUUGGGCAGUCAUAUAUUUCAUAUUACUAAAAUGUAAAUUGCUGUUUUACAAUGGCAGGCAUAUUAGUUGAGCUGUAUAUUUGGUCUAUGAAGAAUUCUGUUGUCAUUCGAGACAAAGAUGUUGGCUGCCAUACAUAUCAUGACAAAGGAGUUGGUGGUAAGCAGACCAUGUUUCAUUCAAAGUGUCUAUUUUUAGUGACUGUAAUUUUCGCCUGGCUAUCAGUCAGGCUUGUCAGAAUCUGUGAAGGGUUUCCGCCGAUACUCGAUGGUAGAGAUUUAAUCUGGACUCCAAAGAAUAGAAGGCCGGAAAAGCUGCGCGACGCUAUCAAGGAAGCCGAAGAUUUACUUACAGCUAAUGAGUGUGUUGUGACACGUUGGAAAACAAGAAGACAACUUCAGAUUCUUUUAAAGAACUGUGUACUUAUAACGUUCCAAGUGUCUUCCCAUUCUGGUGAUGUUGAACGAAUCCUUGUGGACAAGACGUUGCAGGGCAAGCUGUGCAGUGAUUCCAUUAGUCAUGCUCAUAUAACAGAUAGCUACAUUGUGUGUACGUUUCCUGACAAGUCCAGACUUGGUCUUGUCUACUUCAACAAGAAGCCACCGUCAGGGAAUGACCCAAGUAAGAAGAUGGAAAAGCUCUCAAGUUUUGACCCAAAGAUUUCCUACAUUGACCUUCCUGGGUCAAAAGUUCGGAGGCCAGAGCGAUGUCUCACUGUCAAUGUUAACCUCGAAUGGAUUGUUGUGUGGUGGUCAAUGACUGGACAAGAAGCGUUGCCAUGGACACCGGCAUCCAAUGAGAGAGAUAGAGCAAACAUUGUCAUGUUCAGUGCUUAUGGUGGCAAGUUGGAGGAGUUAUGUUUCAUCGCUACAGAUUGUGACCCAGUCAAUGUUGCUUUCAGUCGUAGCCAACCUAGACAUAUACAUACUCUAGAAGUGUCAUCACAAGCUACAGAUGACAUCAGUAUUGAUACCUGCAUCUACGAGUGCUCCAAGUCAAAGAUUCAACGGGCAACUGUGACAACAAUCCCAUUAAAGGCUGCUGUCACAACAUUUGGAAGGAAUCAUUCAGAUGAUAAGUUGGUGCUAGGCUGUGAAGAUGGACGUCUUGUUUUAUAUGAUGAUCACAAACGUCUGACACAAUUUGUACAGUCUGCUCUGAUGCCAAGCCUGGUACAGUGGCAUCCAGGUGGUAGCGUGCUAUUUGUGGCAGGAUCUGGCGCUGAAAUACAGGUGUUUGAUAUGGCUCUGAACCCCCUCACCAUUCUCUCAGUUGGUGAGGACCCCAGACCAGCUCAACUACUAAAUCUAGCAGCAUUCUUCAGAAUGUCAGUGACCAUCAAUGCAAUGGAGUGGAGUAAGCCUAGUGGUUCCCAUGACUACAUAGUGGAUGCCCAUGACAUCAUGAUGUUGUUAUUUGAUAGGGGUCCAGUGUGUAUGUUACAGCUUCACUUAGGGGUGAAAAGUCGUGGUAAGCUAGGCCCUAAGGAGCUGAUACAGCACUACCUAGACCAUAAACAGAUUGAAGAAGCUGUUAACCUCCUGAAUGCCCUUAACUGGAACACAGAGUCAACUAGUUGCUUCUCCUGCCUAACAAAAGUUGUCAACUACUUACUGCGAUUGCCUUUAAAUGCUCAGAGGGAGGCUGCACUCGAGACCUCUCUUGGGAGCUUCUAUGCACCUGUUCGUCCAAUAUCGGAAGUAAUCGUCAUUGAAUAUAGAGACCCUAUCAGUCGACUAGCAAGGCGCUUCUUUCAUCAGCUACUAAGAUAUAAAAGAUUUGACAAGGCAUUUCUUCUUGCAGUUGACCUGCAUUCUAGAGAUUUAUUUAUGGAUAUAUACUAUUUGGCCAUGGAUCUAGAUGAACGCGCCUUGGCAACUGUUGCAAAGCAAAAAGCAGACGAUAUAGAACGAGAGAUGCCAACUUCAGAAAUAGAUAACUAUGACUCUGCAAGUGACUCAUGUAGCAGUGGAAGUGAGUUGCAAGAAGACACCCAACCAAGUAAAGAAGAUUCCAGAACUGGUAAUACAGGGUCAACAAGAACACCAAGUCAGGAGUUGAAGCAUAAGAAACAAUCCAGAAAUGGACAAUGGAAGAAAACUGAAGAAGAAAUAGACGAAGCCUACCAGCAAAGUACGGAUCCAAAUGACAUCGUUAUUGAUGCCUCCCGGGGACUUGCCGGCAUUCCUGAAAGUGUUUAUUCAAAGGUGUUAAUGGAUAAUCCUUUUGGCUGGGAUAAACCAGAUUCUUCAGGUGAUAAGGCAGCUGGGGAUGGGACAGGUCAGAGACAGGACGAAAAAGCAGAGGAGAAUGUGGCAGCCACCCUUCAUGUUGUUCAUUUUGGAAUGGUAUGAAACAAUGUAAAAGGCACUGGUCAAUCCCAUAUCAGAUGGAUGGAGAACUCCGGUACUUUAGCCUGAUUGGAUUGGAUUUCUUUGGUUAUGAAACGUACUGUACCCAAGGAUAACUCACAAAAACCCAAAGGAUUAUUUCCAGCAUGGUCCUUCUGGCACGGAUUCUUCUGGUGGUGAGUUGCACAGUACACUGGUAGACAAUCCUCUUCUCUUUUUCAAGGAGUAUACUGCCUUGUAUAACAUACACAUUGUACGUGUGACCAAUUACAUAAAUGUCUCUUCCGAAAGAUGGUGUGCUAUUAUAACUUGCAUUUCAGCACUGCAGCUAAUAUAAAAGGAGAGCAGCGAUGGGAUCGAACCAGGGGCCAAAGGUCUGAAGGUCUUCAUGGUUCACUGCACACACAGUAGCUACCACUAGUUUAACAAACUGAACUGUGCUGCUGUUUUAAGCUAAAUAAAGAAUGGACUUUAACAUUAAGCCCCGCCCCUUGGAUAUUGUUGCUAAGGUUCCUGGCCUUGUUCUGAUUGGUCAGUUAAGUUUAAGACUCUGGAAAGGCCAAUUCUGGUUGGAUUUCAGAGUACAACUGUGGUUAUUUAGUUAUGGUUCUCCACUUCACGUUUCAUUGUACCAUACUGGGAAAAAUGGAGAAUAGGAUGAUCAAAGGCUGGGGCAGAUGCUGGAUUUGGUGGUAGGGGGUGCGUGAAAGUCCACACCAAGAAAAUUUUGAGAAUAUACCGUACCUCUAGGUCCCCCGGAAAUUGCACUGUCAUACCUUAAAAAUCACAUAUCAAAAAUACAAUACAAUUAAUUUUCUUAAUACAAUUUGGGGGGUGUGAUCCCACCUUCUGCAUCCCCCCAGAGAGGCCUACUAUAUGUCAUCUCCUACCACAUUAUGAUAAUUAUGCACUAAACACCAAAAUGUGAUAAUUUAUAAAAAAUAAUACAACAAUUUUAACUAUUGUUCAUAUAUCUAGAAGUCAAGAUAUGCCUUUAUAAGAAUGUAUAGAAGUGGAAUUAGAAAUUUAGUAGUUAUGACUACUGGUAUAAAAAUCAUAAGAAGAUGAAAGUAGGCUAUAUCAGUCUACUAAUAAAACAAGAGAAUAAUGAGACUGAUGAAAAUCCAUUCUUGUCAUAAUUCCAACUAGUUCCAACAUAUUACCUCAAUUUUACAGGGUCCAACGUAACAAAUUUUGUUGUGAAAAAUUAAAUAUAUUCCUCUCAUUAUGCAAGCUAUUUCUUAUAUUGCCUGCUACAUCAAAAUAAGAAAUUAAAUAUUAAUGAAUAUAAUUAACUACUUAUUUUUUUUAUUUAUAUGGAAUACUAAUUCCAGAAAUGUUAAAAUAUUAGUGAUGCAUGUCAGUCUAGAGUCCAACAAUAUUUUUUAUGUGUGCUGUUUGCACUGGCGCUCAGAAAUCAAAUUUAUGUCAAUUUAGGAGUUAGGCAAGACUUUUAUAAUACCUUUUUCCACUAUAGAGAAAAUAGAACACUAUUUUCUGUAUGGUUUAACAAACUUGUUUUUUUAAAGAUCGUCAGAGUAGGGCAGAAAAAAAAUGAAAUAUAAUUUUGUUUUCUUAUUUAGCAAAAUGAUUUUGCCAAAAGCAAGAGAGAAUAAAAAUGAAAUUAAUGUGUAGUAAUGAGAUUGAUAAAUGCUUUAAAUGUGUAUAGUUAAGAAAGAAAUAUAUAUAUCUUUUUUUUUUGGAUAUUUCAUGGAAGUGGAGGGCAUUAUAAUAACACAUAAUUUCCAUUUUUGUGGCACUAGCUGCCCAAAAAUAAAAUUGUAUUUUUAUUUGAAAUCACCAUUAUUGGCAGUCGGCAGGUUCGCUAUAAAAUAAAAUCUUGUCUUACAGACUUUUUACUAAAGUAAGCAAAAAUUGUAUCAAAUAAAAUAUUUAAUUUUAUUGGAAAAUUAAUCAAAUAGAUAUUUUAUUUAUAUUUUCUGUUUAGAUGUAUUUGGCAGGACCAUUUGGGAAAAUGAGAAAACAAUUUUCUUCCCACCCUCUGAAAUUUGUUACUUUGACAGGGAAAAUAUUUCUUUAUAAUUUUAGUAUAUAACAUAAACAAUUCAAAUAUUUAAUUACAUUGUUCAUGUUAACAUAGUAUAAUUUUAACAGCAACAUUUAAACAUUGUAUUAUUAGAUAAAUACUAUUUUUAUACAUUAUUAUUCCUGUAGUUAUGUAAAUAUUUAGAUAUUUAAAAUAUAUCUUGCCUUUUUUAUUUUAAUGACAAGUGUCAAUAUGUGUUUAUAUUUGAUUAAAUUCUACUCUAAUCAGGAGACAAUGCAUUUAA